AUGUUUUUGAUCCGCUAGAUGUCACUCUUGCAUCUUUGAUUCUUUCAUCUCGGAACUCCCGCUCUGCUCAUUCAUGUCUCCUUCUAAAAGAACAGCUGGAGGCCGAUUAUAAAAAAUAGACAGGUGAUAGGUUAAAGUUGCCCCCUCCCUGUUUGGGAAUGUACGAAUUUUAUUGUUGAAUUAUUAAUUCAAACAUUAGUUAGUGUUUUAACUUAUAGAUAAAACAGUUUUGUUCUUUACAUAUCAGAUUUCGAAGUUUUAAUUCUUUGAUUUUCUUCAAUCAUCAGGUUUAUGUUUACCACAAACAUUCAUAAUGCCAAGUCAUCUUGUAGUUAAAAACCAUUUGGCACCUAUAGCAAAUUCAAAUGUGGCUAGACAUGACAGUGCUGCUUUUUCUAAUGAUGCCAGUCUAGCCUGUAAUAGAACAAACGCACCAUCAAAUAAUACCAUGGUACAACCAGGAAAUACAACUAGUGCUUUAAUAAAUAAUUCACUACAGCAACGGAAUUCUGCUUCUGCUAGUGUAAGUUCUUUUAGUAUAUUUCAACAUAGCAGUAAGAACUUUGAUGAUGUUACUUUUAUUGGAAAUGGGGCUUAUGGUACUGUUUACAAAGCCAGAGAUCUUGCAAAUAAUGGUCAGUUUGUUGCAUUGAAAAAAGUGAAAAUUCCUAUUGGAGAAGAUGGUGUUCCUGUUAGCACUGUUCGGGAAAUAUCUUUGUUGAAGCAGCUGACAUUUCUUGACCAUCCAAAUGUAGUAAAAUUAUUAGACAUUUGUCAUGGACGAAGAGUAGAAAAUGAAAGACAGAUGCUUGUUUAUCUAGUUUUUGAGCAUGUUGAUCAAGAUUUAGCCACUUAUUUGGAACGAUGUCCACCACCUGGAUUAAGUACAGAUUUAAUCAAAGAUUUAACAUAUCAACUACUUAAUGGAUUAGAUUUCUUACAUUUCAAUCGAGUACUGCAUAGAGAUUUAAAGCCUCAAAAUGUUCUGAUUUCAAAUAAAGGCAUUGUGAAGUUAGCAGACUUUGGUUUAGCUCGAAUUUACUCUGAAAAAAUUCCUUUAACUUCUGUUGUAGUAACUCUUUGGUAUAGACCACCUGAGGUCCUUCUAGCUCAAUCAUAUGCAACUGCUGUAGAUGUUUGGAGUGCUGGUUGCAUUUUUGCUGAGUUAUAUAGACUUAAGCCAUUAUUUCCUGGUGAAAAUGAUGCUGACCAACUUGCUAAAAUAUUUGAAGUCAUUGGCACCCCACCUGAAGCUGAAUGGCCAGCUGAAGUUUCAAUAGCGUGGGCUACUUUUCGUUUUUAUCGUGGUGUUCCGUUUCAAAAUGUGAUUCCAGAAAUUUGUAAAGAUGGAGCAGAUUUGUUGCAAUCAAUGCUACACUUUAAUCCUGUUAAACGAAUAUCAUGUUGUGAAGCAAUGAAGCAUCAUUAUUUUAAAGACUAUGAAAUGAAUCCUCAAAUUAUUUCGAAGCAUUUUGUGAAUAGCAGUAAACCUAGAACAAAAACAUGACACAACUGUUAGUUUUUAAAGAAUUUCCCAAAACAAGCAUUUAUCCAAUAUUUUUUUAAGAAGUUUGACUUUAUUGUAUUGACAAAUUUUUGUAGAUUGUGACACUGUAUGCAUAUCAAUAUUUUUUUUUUAUAUAUAUAUAUGAAUCAAAUGUGUGUUGAAAGAUAUAGUAUUUUUUAGUAAUAUUUCUGAGAGUUUACAAAAUAUUAAGUAACCUGCUUUAUAUUUUAUUAGGUUAAAUUUAUUUUUCAUGUGAUAUGGUUUUAUAUUCAGUUUACUGUGGUGAACAUGUUUCUAAUACCAAGUCUUGAAUGUAAUGUAUUGUAAUAUUUUAUUUUAAUGAAAAUACGUCAUUUAAUUGUUUACAGUUUUUAUAGAUGCGACUAUGUAAAUUAUAAUUCUUAGUGUUUUUGACGUAAAAUUAUUUACUUGUAAGUGCCUUGAUAAUAUUUUUCCUAUUACAAUUUUAUUAAAUGCCUUUUUUAGCCUAAGAAUUUGCUAAAAUUAUGAUAUUUGGGUUUAUGUGAAUACUUUGUUAGGCAAUAGUAAAUGAAAAAGGUGUGAAAUGGGAAAAAAAUUGUUGAUUGUAUUUUUCUUAUUAUUUGAUGUGUAAUGUGUCUACUCUUAAAUUUGAACGCCUGCCUUUUGCUCAAAAUUGUGAAGUAGUAAUCGUUCUGUAAUGAACGAAAUACUUCAGUGUAAAAAUAAAAAAAGCAUUACAAGCAAUGCAUUUUUUUCUUGAAAUUAUCCCUUAUUAAAAAAAAGUUAUUUGUUUGAAUUGUUUGUGAAGUAAGUGUAAAUGUUUUUAGUAUCUCCUUUUGCGUUUUUUAUUUAUUUCUUUGAUGAGAAUGGUUAUUUUUGCAAUUUAAGUUUCAUUUUCAAGUGUACCUAUAAAAACCUUUUUUUUUACUAUUAAUUUAAUUUUAAAAUAAUAAUUAAAAUUUACAGUUAUUUCAGAUUCUUAGCAUUUGUAACAGACCUUACUUUAUAAAAGCAAUUUUGAAUGUAUACAAUCUGCAUCAUUAAUGAAUGCACUGCAAAACUCAGCCAGAAUGCUAAUAAAUAGAAUGAUCCUAUAAAUUCCUACUAGUCAAGGCUGAAUGCUAUUUCACUGGCAACUUUUAAAUUUUUGCUACGCAAUUCCAUCACUCAAUUAGCAACUUCCAAACUUUGCUAUGCAAGUCUCGUAUAAUAAGGUUGGGUUUUGAUAGGAUUGCAUUCUAUUUUGUUAUUGUUUAUAGUAAAAUAAUAUUUUAAUCACAACAAUUGUUUUUUUUAUUCUAUUACUGGAAGCAAUGUUAACUAAAUAUUUUACCAAUUCAAGCUGUGUAUAUUUUGUGUGUACUUACAGGUAAUGAGGUUGGGCUUAUAAUAUAUUGGUAAAAAUCAAUUUUAUUGUUAAUUUAUAUUAUAAUUAUUGUGUUGUCAAAAAUUGUUCAAUUCAAAUUUAUUGUUAUGUAACAGUUUUAGCACUUUUUAUAUUAUAAGGCAGUAGUUGUAAGGUGUAUAAAAUUUACUAAUCUUUACGGCUUCUACCAAAAAAUUAUUGAGUUCAGUAUUUAUUACAAAAAUUAAAUUACGCUGUCACUGUUUAAUAUAUAUCAUGUAUUAUUUCUGUAUUUACACAAUUUAGUGCCAUACCAACCACAUAUAGUUAGCAUUUAUUAUCACAUUUCAAAUUAGCAUUUAAUGUCUACUUUUUAUACUGUUUGAACAGUGAAUAUACACUGCCAAAUAUAUUCUACCUCUUAAGAGAAUGUUUGUGAAUUUGUGAUGUUUAAUAAAUGGAUAUUUUUUAA